UCUGCUGUUGCCGGUGUACACGUUACUACGAAUCAUUAGAUCUAGAUUACCUCAAAAACAGACAUCUACAUAGACAGAGCCUAGAUGUAAAAUCUAAAUGUAGAUAGAGAUCUAAAUCUUAAAAAAACUAGAUUAUAUUGCUGUCUAAGAGUUUUCACAGCCAAUACUUACAAUGACAAAGAGUGAACUUAGAAGCAGGGCCAAACAUAAAAUUAACAAUGAAGAGACUGCUGCAAAAAGUGACAAAGAUGACAAACUGCCUCCUCACUGGAAACUUGAUCCGUAUGCCAAGUUGAUUGGCAUUGGUGUUCUUGUUCUGACAGUGAGCGCCAUAGCUUUCUUUCGCUAUCAGCAGCAUUUACGGGAAAUAAUUAUAACCCCACUAGACUCUCCUCGAAUUAUUCAAGACAACAGCAGCCUGCCAGUAGUGAAUCCAGAUAGAUUUUGGGGCACCUACAGGCCACAAGCAUAUUUUGGCAUAAAAAGCCGCAGCAAGUACUCCCCUGUUUUUGGUUUGAUGUGGAUGACUGAGUUGACAGGGCAGAUGCCCCCACCUCUGCGCCACUGGUGUGACCAGGGUGACAGGCUUGAAGGAUAUAUUUGGCAGAUGCAUGAUGGGAAGAAUUUCGGCAUUCAGCAGUUGCAAGAGAGAACCUAUACAAUAAAAACAGAAUUUCUGAAGAGAUCUGGUGGUGACCACGGUGGGGACUGGUCUGCAAGGAUACAUUUUACUCCAAAGAAUCCUCAAGAACAGGUUGUUGUUUCAACUUUCUUUUAUGCUGCACUAGAUGAGGACUACGGAAAGUUGGAACCAAUACUUGCCAAAGGCAAAUUAAAUUCAGUACAUGGCUGGCAUCAAGAUGUAGGCAACUUUCACCUUAUUCUUACUAAUGCGGAGUCUAGCCAGCAGAAGUCCAACUACCUAGUCAGCCAUGCCAAGCAGUUGGCCCAACUGAAGGAUGUUUUGAUGUCCAAUUUGAAGGUUGAUGCUUGGGACUCAGCCCGAACGCAGGCUUUUUUUAAACUGACCGGCCGCAAAGUGCCCAACGAUGCACCUGGCCCAAAUUUUGUUGUGAAGCAAGUAACCGCACAACUGCCAUUCACAAUGGAGGUGAUUUUUCAAUCUGGAAGUGUAUUGGACCGACCAAAUGAGCUGUCAGGCAAUGUGUUUAGCUCACUUCUAGAAGAGAGAACCAAAGAGUUUAACGAUAAAUUUGAAACACUAUUUAAACUGAAAGAAAAAGGUUAUCCUCAAGAAGCAGUCACAUUUGCUCAAGCUGUAGUCAGUAACAUGUUGGGCAGUAUUGGCUACUUUUAUGGAUCAUCUUUAGUCCAAUCCGUGUAUAACAAGGAGCCGUUAAACUACUGGGAGGCACCUUUAUACACUGGUGUUCCAUCAAGACCCUUUUUCCCUCGUGGUUUCUUGUGGGAUGAAGGCUUUCACAACCUCUUAAUUAGCUCUUGGGAUGAGGACAUUUCUAAAGACAUUAUUGGACAUUGGAUGGAUUUGAUGAACAUAGAAGGUUGGAUACCAAGAGAACAAAUUUUAGGGUCUGAGGCUCGGGCCAAAGUGCCGUCGGAGUUUGUGGUACAAAGGAAUACCAAUGCCAACCCUCCGACAUUUUUUCUGCCACUUAAAUAUCUUAUUAGGAAUAUGAUAGAAAGAGGAUCGCCACAGGAUAAAGAUUAUUUAUCUGCAUUGUUUCCUAGAUUGAAAACUUGGUUUAACUACUACAAUACUACACAGAUUGGCAGACAACCAUUUACCUACCGCUGGCAUGGGCGCGAUCCCUCCAACAUCAAACAGCUUAACCCAUUGACCCUGACCUCAGGUUUAGAUGAUUAUCCCCGUGCCUCUCAUCCUACUGAAGAUGAAAGACAUUUAGACUUGCGGUGUUGGAUAGCAUUUGCUGCUCAAGUGAUGAGCGAUAUCGCUAAGGUUUUGGGCCAGGACUGGCAAGAGUAUGAUGCCACGUUCCGCCUCUUGUCCGAUAACCGAUUGUUGGAUCAAAUUCACUGGUCUGAGAAAGGCAAGCAGUACAGUGAUUAUGGCUUGCACACGGAAAAAAUCAAAUUGGAAAAACCCAAACCACCUGCCAAUAUUAAAAACAGUCAGCGUCAGUUUGAUCAAGACAAAAUCCGUGUUGUCCUGUCCCCACCUUCUUAUCAGUUUGUCGAUGCCUACGGUUACGUUAGUCUUUUCCCAUUUCUGCUCAAGUUAAUUGACCCGAGCUCAGCCAAGCUAGAAACUACACUCCAGGACAUUACAAAUCCUGAGAAGCUUUGGACCAACUAUGGCUUGCGAUCAUUGAGCAGGAGGUCUAAAUUCUACGACAGAUUCAAUACAGAACAUGACCCUCCUUACUGGCGAGGGACUAUUUGGAUCAACAUCAACUACAUGUGUUUAUCUGCUCUUCAUCACUACCGCAGUGUGGAGGGACCUUUUAAGGAACUAGCAGGGACUGUGUAUAGCAAUUUGAGAAACAAUUUAGUCAAUAAUAUCAUCAAAGAGUACCAACGCACAGGAUACAUAUGGGAGAACUACAGCGACAAAACGGGAGAGGGUAAAGGCUCCCACCCUUUCACUGGUUGGUCAGCGUUAGUUGUUCUAAUGAUGGCUGAAAAGUAUUAACUUGUUAUUUUAGGACAUGUGUUCUCUAUUCAAAUUUGUUGUUUUAUAAAAAUCUAUCAAAAUGGAGCUACAAAUAACAUCGACAAAGAUCUCCUUCAUGGUUCUUAUUAAAAGACAUUUUAUUAGUUUUGUAAAAAAAACAAACAACUUAUUUGGCUUUUUUUUUACACCCAGCUCAAAUAAAUAAAAUUUUUGCAUUUGUUGCUUGUUAUAAUUAUGGCAAUGCUUUUGAUUCCGAAGAUUAAGGAUAAGUGCAGUGUUUCACAUGAUAACGCUAAACCACUCUUGUACACAGCUAUUAAAACUGUUGUGUAUUUUUUUUAUUUAAUAAAAAAUUCACUCAUUAGGAUACUUCAGUACUGUUACACUGUCAAUGUAUCUUUCAAUACAAUUAUAACAUGUAAGUAUACAAAUAUAUAUAUAUAUAAAUAUAUAUAUAUAUAUAUUGUUAGUCUUGAAAUAAAAAAGUUGUUUAAAAUAUUGUAUGCAAUACGUAAAGGUUGAUUUAUUUUCAAGUUUAGUUAUAGACACUAAAGCAACUUAUUGUACACCAUUUGAGUAAUAUAUUCCACAUAUUACAUGUAAGAAGCAGAUUGUGUCUGCAAGACCUUUUUAAAUAUAUGUAACAAUCAAAAUGUGUUGUGGAAAAAGGUCUAUCAAUAUGUGUUAUGGUUAGAGUGUGGUAGAUAAUUGUCUAUAACAAAAUAUAUGAGCAGAAUGUGGUGAAAAAGACAUUAAAAGAGAAACAAGUACUAAUGCAUGUAACAAUCAGAAAUUUUGAUACACGUCUAUAAAUACAUGUAAUGAGCAGUUAGUGAUAUUAAAACCAUUUUUAAAUAUACAUGUUAUUGGCUCAGUGUGGAAGAGAAACUUAUCAAAUAUGUUGUACUGAGCAGAUGCAUACACUAGUGGGCUAGAAGUCCAGAUGUAAGUGAGAGAUGGCAAGUUAACUUUUGCUUGAUAGAAUACUAAAGAUGUGUGUAUGUUUUAAAUGUUUUCUAUAGGUACGCAUUCAUUUCAUUCCGUUAAAAGACAAUCUGUAUGUGUCCUCAACUAUAAAAUAUUUUUAAAAAUCCAGACAGACUAGUGAACAUCACUGUAAAACUAAAACUAAUUUCAGCCUUAGACUUGAUAUCUCUAGUUGGUAUAUAUAAUAAUAUAUUAAGAAGAAACACUUUUGAGGGACAUCAAUUUAAAUAUACAAUCUGCGACAAAACUGUUUUGUAUGCGGGGAACUUUUUUUUUACCUUCCUUUCACCUUGUCCAUUGGGGCACCACACAAGAUCUGUCAACCAUCUUUCUCCCUUCCUCUCUGUCCUUUGCCUUGGAUAAAAUUUCUUUCAAUGACUGGCCUGUCCAUUCUUUUAUGUUUCUGAAGACAUCUGGGGACCAUGGUUGGUGACUUUUUUUUUUUAAGUAUACCAGUAUGUAAAAGUUGAUCAAGUGGGAAGUGUGGUCGAGAGGCUAAGUGCGCUUGAACUUGGCUUGGCUACCUAGAAGGGGGCUCGAGGUUUGACACCCGACUCAGGCAGAGUUGUGUUUACUAAGCGCCUAAAGGCAGCACGGAAAACCAACUCCUAGAUACCCCCCCCCCCCCCCCCCACUGGUCCACAAAAGAGAUUGAACCGAAAGCGCUCUGAGCAUGCUAUAAGCAUGAAAGUAGCGCUAUAUAAAAGCUAUAAUAAUAAUAAUUAGAAUUUUUUGUUUUCAUUUCAUUCUUUCCUCACAUACUUAUGAUAUUUACAGAUCCAUAAAACAUUUGAGUUUGAAAGAAUUUUUUUUAAAUGAUUGUCUUUCCACGUCUGGAUAUCUUACGAAAGGAUUUGUUGUUUUUGUUCACUUUUCUAUACAAGCAUGGUGAUUUGUGACAAUGUUGUUGUUGUUUUAAAAAAUGUAUGCAAUAUUUUUUUAUUUUUUUUAGAUUUUUCUUAUUUCUACUUUGAUUCAUUGUGUUCCAAGUAUUCAAGUUGAAUGUCCUCACUCCAGUGUGUGUGUGUAUGUUUUGGCUAGUCAAAGGUAGAUAACAUAAAGGCAUUUGUCAUCAGAUGGAUUAUUUUUUUGGGUUAUAGGUACUUGCACUGACCUAUGUAUUUGUUCCACUGGCUACUAUAUUGUUGUACAUGCACUCUAUAUGUGAUGAACAGAAGGAUAUUUUUUUUUAAACUUUGAAAUUAGAAAAUGUAUGAUGUUUUUUGUGAGUAUUAAUCUUUGCCAGUUUUAAAUUCCCAAAUGCAGACCUGUCCAAACAGUGUAGAGAGAUUUAGGUAAUAUGCCAGUGAAAACAUUGUAUUGGAUCAAAAUGUUUUACAAUGAAACAUUUAUCUGGUGGCUCUGCAUUAAAAAAAAACCAAACUUUU